AUGGUGACGUCGAUGACACCGCGCUCGUGCCCGAGUGUGCCCGCUCGAGCGUCUGUUCGCGGUCGUGUGAGCGCGCGAACGACGCGAGCGCGCCGUCGGGACAUUCUCAUUCCGAGAGUGGGCGGAUCGGACGAGUACGAGAGGUCAGGGUCGUUGUUGGACGCGAUGGAGGACGCGUGUCCCGUGCCGCGCGACCAGCGUCCGGCGUCGCAGCUCGCAGAGCUCAAAGACGGUUUCGUGAUGUCGUGGCCGACGAACGGAGCGUUGGGGUACGCUGUGCGAAUGGGUGCGUUGUUUACGUUCUUCUACGGCGUCGUGGCGUACCCGAUCGCGUGCGGGUCCUACGACCCAGAGCGAGAGUUCACGCAGACGGUGGUGAGCGCGCUCGUCGGCGCGAGCGGCGCCACGGCGGCGAUGGCGCUGAACAUGUAUAACGGGUGGGCAUACGUCAGGGAUCGGUUGUUAAGUGCGACGGUGGAGUACGAAGAGACGGGGUGGUACGAUGGACAGGUGUACGUGAAGGAUCCAGAGAUGUUGGCGCGCGACCGCCUCUUGGGGACAUACACCGCGAGACCGGUAGUGGAGUUGUUGAGAAAGACUCUCUUAGCGUGCGGGACGACGGCGAUGGUGUCGCUCAUCGGGUUGAAAUCGAUCGAUGCCCCGGAAGGCGGGAGGUACGGGGAUUACGGGACGAACAUGGGGUACUACUCGGAGUCGUCGGCGGCCAAAUUCGAAGAGGCGGACGACGACGAGGAUAUGAUCAUGAUGGCGGAGAUGAGCCACUGGUCCGCGCCCGCGAUCGAGACCGAGUAG